AUGAAACUGUCUCUCCUCGGGCUUGGCUUCGCGGCCAGCAGCGCCAUCGCCGCAGCCACAGGAAACGCCGAAGUCGAUGUCAUAUUUCCUCGCAACGAUACUUUUGCGCCAACACCUUUGAUGCCCAUCGUUUUUGCCGUUCAAAACCCAGCAGUUGCGCAACAGCUCAACCUGCGUCUCAACUAUCGCGUAAUCCCUUACGGCCGCCCGAAUGCGACCACCGACUACGAGCGUGUGCGCCUCAACGCCCUGCCCAACAACGACACAACUUUUUACGCCCACGACUUUGUCAGCGACAUCUUCAACAAGGAGGGGACCUGGGAGUUCUUCUGGCAGCUGCGCUGGAAUAACUGCACAUCCACGAAAGACGAAUACGGCAUGCACUUUAGCCGCGACACGCAGGAGCCGGUUAACAGCUUCGUUUUCACCACCCACAACGACGGCAGCAAGCCGGAUCUUGUUGCCAUAGGUAGCGAUGAUAAAUGCGGUAAUACCCAGGGUAUUGGUUUCGAGGUUCAGGAUGUCCUGGAUGUCCCGCCGCCGAAAAACGCCGAUCUGCUCUCAUCGUGCGCCCAUGUUGCGGUGCCAGCGCCCACGCCCACGCCAUGCAGCGCUUCUGUUCCUUCAGAAGCAGCGGAAAGUAUCUCGUCGCGCAUCACCCAGGCUGCGUGUCUCGCUGCGACGCCUGUUGUUAGUUGUCCGUCUCAGGAGAACGCAAGCGGCCGCGCAGCAAGCAAUAUGGCUGUCGUGGCUUUGUCUCUCGGCUCGGCUCUCUAUGCAUACAUAUUUUAG